AUGAACAUCACCCGCACAUUGCGCGGUCCCGUUCAAGGUGCCCUCCGCGCACGCUUCUACGCUACCACAACCAGACAAUUCAUCCCUCCGGCGCAGCUAGACGACAUCCAGCCGUCUUUCAAGCGUUCUGCGCGUCCCUCACAGCAGCUGGACUCGGCAGAGGAAGAGGAUCCUCGAACGCGAAGCCUCAACGCUCCUUCAUCCCCAAGCUUUUACACUGCACGGCCAGCCUACUACGACCAAGUGGAACAGAUUGAGACCGCCAUAAAACAUGCCCGACAAGCUUUGAAAACCCUCCAGCUUCUCCCCCUUCCCGAGUUUGCUCGAGCCAGUUUACCCCCGCUUCAGCCCGUAUGGAAGGACAAGGACGAGAUGUCGACCGUUUUCGAGAACAAAAUGACCACUUCGCGGUACCGGAAGGUCCUGACGCUGCUCAAUCAGCUCAAUGACUACCACCGUAUAGCGAAGACAGCUGGUUGCGAGCAGCUUGCAGAGGGUAUCUCUCAUGUGGUGGAAUUUUUCGAGAGGGGAAAUAAAGACGCGGUCUUGGCCCGAGGGAAGAGAAAGGCGGUCUCAUUGGACCAACACGGCCGAUCCUAUACUUUCGGUAAAAGAAAAACCAGCGCUGCGCGGGUAUGGAUGAUCCCAGUCCAACCGGGUGCACAGGGCAUCACCCCUGCUGUUCCCAAAAGCGCACUAGAGGCCGAGUCUGUGGAAGAGUUGCUGGGUCUCAAGACGGAUGAGAAGACCUCAAGUCCUAAGUCCGAGCCGCCCGCCAGUGUCGAUGUCACGCCUUCGACCAUCCUCGUCAACAACAUUCCCCUCGCAGAGUAUUUCCACCUUCCGGCUGAUCGCGAACGGGUUGUCAGGCCGUUCAAGGUCGCUGGCGUCCUUGGGGCUUAUAACGUCUUCGUGCUUGCCCGAGGAGGAGGAACCACUGGCCAGUCUGGUGCGAUAGCCCACGGCAUCGCCAAGGGCCUCGUCGUUCACGAACCCGAUCUGGAUACCGUCUUACGACGAUCCAAACUGCUGAGACGUGAUCCUCGUAUGGUUGAGAGGAAGAAGACUGGUAUGGCCAAAGCGAGAAAGAGGUAUACCUGGGUUAAACGUUAG